AUCUGUUAAGAGACAUCUACUGUUGCAUCUGUGCAUCUACUGUUAAGUUUUACAUGGAAGUCAUUUGCUUUUCAGAGUGUAAAAAAAUGGAUUUGGCCAACCACGGACUUAUUCUGCUGCAGCAACUAAAUGCUCAGAGAGAGUUCGGUUUCCUGUGUGACUGCACAGUUGCCAUUGGUGAUGUCUACUUUAAGGCACACAAAUCGGUCCUUGCUUCUUUCUCCAACUACUUCAAGAUGUUGUUUGUUCAUCAAACCAGUGAAUGUGUCCGUUUGAAAGCGACUGACAUACAGCCAGAUAUCUUCAGUUAUCUCUUGCAUUUGAUGUACACUGGGAAGAUGGCACCGCAACUCAUUGACCCAGUUCGACUAGAACAGGGAAUAAAGUUUCUGCAUGCAUAUCCACUAAUUCAAGAGGCCAGCCUUGCAAGUCAGGGAACUUUUUCUCACCCGGAUCAAGUUUUUCCAUUAGCAUCUUCAUUAUAUGGCAUUCAGAUUGCAGAUCACCAGAUAAGACAUCCCCCUAAGGUUACAUCAGCAACUGACAAACUCGGGCGAGAACCAAGGCCACAGACAUCGCGGAUGAACCAAGAGCAGGUUUCUGAAGGCUCACAGCUCUCGCAGUUAGCUACAACUCUGCCACAAGUGACCCGGACAAGUAUGUCCACUUCUGACCCACUGCCAUCUUCUUUAUCUCCAGAAUUGGUAUCUGCUGCUGGUAAUAAUUCACCUGCAGGAGAAGAGGCCAACAUGGAAGCAUCUUCUUCAGAUGAACAGCCCGCCUCACUCACAAUAGCACAUGUCAAGCCAAGCAUUAUGAAAAGGAACGGAAGCUUCCCAAAAUACUAUGCCUGCCACCUCUGCGGCCGCCGGUUCAAUUUGCGAAGUAGUUUGCGUGAGCACCUGCAGAUCCACACGGGAGUUCCCUUCACGUCUAGCCAGCAGGGAGAAAGUAAUAUUUCUUUGUCUCUCUGUAACAACACAGCUGAUAAAGAUGCCGUGGAAGUGCCUGAAGCAGGGAUGAUUAGUGACAGCGAGCUGCAGCAGAUCUCAGACUCCCCAAUAAUUGAUGGGCAGCAGCAGUCAGAGACACCGCCCCCCUCCGAUAUUGCAGACAUAGACAACUUGGAGCAGGCGGAUCAAGAGAGGGAAGUAAAAAGACGGAAAUACGAAUGUUCCAUCUGCGGUCGCAAAUUUAUUCAGAAAAGCCACUGGAGGGAGCACAUGUACAUACACACUGGCAAGCCCUUCAAGUGCAGCACUUGCGACAAAAGCUUUUGUAGGGCUAACCAGGCUGCCAGACACGUGUGCCUAAACCAGAGCAUGGACACGUACACGAUGGUGGACAAACAGACUCUGGAACUCUGUACUUUUGAGGAAGGCAGUCAAAUGGACAACAUGCUAGUACAGACCAACAAGCCCUACAAAUGUAACUUGUGUGACAAAACGUUUUCAACUCCCAAUGAAGUAGUCAAACAUUCGUGCCAAAAUCAAAACUCUGUCUUUACACUAGAAGAAGAUCGCUCCAUUCUGCUAGGUGGUGGGGACACAGAAGCCACAGAGACUGAUAAUGCAGUGUUAGCCUCCAUCAAAAAGGAGCAGGAAGCAGUGUUGUUAGACUGAAUGUGAAACCUAUAUCAAUUUUUUAAAGUUUCUUUACUCAUUUUUUAUUAAAUCAAUUUUUUCCUCCCCCCACCUCUUACCUCACUUACCCCUGCCAUCUUUUCCACCAGCCUCCUUCCCACCCUUUGUCUUCAGCAACCAGAACUGUACUGGCACGUUAGGAAAUUGGACUUUGCCUCUCCCACCAAAACAAACAAAAAGCUCUUGCAUCAAACCACAACAUAAUUGAUUUUAAUACAAAGGAACGUGUGAAAAAAUAAUCCAGCUAACUAUGUCGAUAGUAUUAGUUAAUGCAAAUUUAAUAGAUUUUAAACAAAAUUUAGAUUGCUUAAAAGUGUAUUUAGAUACAAUGAUGAGUGUAAUGAGAAACAGAGUAUCAGUUUGAUAAGCAAAGAAAAUAUAUAUAUAUAUAUAGGUUUCCCUGGUAAAAGGCAUUUCGAGAAGAUCUGGCAAAUUAAACACCGUGCUUUUUAGAAGUCCACAUGCAAGUUGAUUAAGGUUUUGACUUAAAACCCUCAGAACUUUUCUCAAUGAAUGCAAAAAUCUCUGUUCAUUGAGUUAAAAAGAGCUAAGGGUGUUGGGUUUCUUUUAGCCUUAUGUUUUCCUUCAAGUAUGCCUUUGGGUAUCUGUUUCAGAUAGCAUCCUUGAGUCAAGCUAAGUAGUUACUUAGUCAAAUUUUGACUUAAGUAGCUGUAAUAAUAAUGUGAUGGCAAUCUUUAUAUAUAUAUAUAAAAUACUGUAUAUGUAUAAAGAUUUUUUUAUAUAUAUAUAUAUAGAGAAAGUGUUUGUGUGUAUAUUUGGUACAGGUAAAUAAAUGCACACAUCCUUUUUAAGUAACUGGCCGCCUACUCUCAGAUUCAGCCCAGAAGGUCUUUUAGUUGUUUGACAAAACUAGUCAUUGCACAGGUUAUUUUUAAUCAAAUUUAAAACGUCCUCAGCUGUGUGCAUUUUUAUUGGCCUGUUGAAGAGAAGCUACUAGGUAAGUGUUGUCACCCAAGCUACGAAGGAAACUAGAGAAGUGACAUACCGGUGAGCACUGUACCAUCAGGAGUGCAGCACAUGCAUGUGUUGUUAGCUAUAGGUUUGAGUCAUUCUGCAUGAAAGGAGAGAGAAAAGCUUUACUGCCUUACUCGGGCAAGGAAUGUCCACGAUUUCAUUUGGCCUAAUGGCAUGAGUUAAGAGGAAGAAAAAGUGGUGCAGAGACGUUCUAGCAACAGGGGAUCAUGGUUGUUUUAAAGUGAAUCUGUAGUGCUGGCUGGCAAAUUCUGCUGUGUGAGAGUCCCGUUAUUUUCAGAGCCAAGACAAAGUCUGCAAAAACUGAAAGGGUGAAUUCUGUAGUUUUAGUUACUGCUGAUGGUAGCACUGCAUCUUUGUGUUAAAAAUCAAGUUGCUGAUUCUUAUUAUUUUAUAUAGAUGCCCAGAUUUUUUGCUGGUAGCCUAAAAACCUAAACUGACAGGAGCAGUGAAGCCCACCGAGCAAUUACUGGGCCCACAGAAGGCGUAAGCAGAUAGAAUAAGUGCCCCAUGGUAAAUGGAGACAGUGUGUGUUUUGGGGGGAGGGGCGGGAGAGGGCAAGUCACAAACCACAGCUCUUCUCUGUGUAUACGUUUAAACUGAGUAUCAUCUUUUUGUGUAUAGUUAAGUUCUCAGAUUUGUAAGUUUUUAUACAUCAUUUCAUUGAAUAAAAAUGGAAUUAAAUGG